UUAGAAAAAAGUUAAAUUCUGAGAACAAAAGUGGUUAUGCGCAAGAAUAAGCUGAUGAUGGCCACAUUCCGUUGAGGCCUGACCCACUUAAUAACCAAAUAAAGAGCCAUCCCAAUCAGUCAAGGUGAAUUCACAGUGGAGGAGUGUGUGUGUGUGUGUGUGUGUGUGUGUGUGUGUGCAGAGAUUCAGCCCUGGCGGGAUUCUUCAGCUGGGCCCCAUGUCUCCUGUGAACACGCCCCAGAUAGAUGAGCCAGAUAUAUAGCCAAGACCUGCGGGUAGCAGAGGAACUGUGAGAAAGAGAUAAUCGCACUUGCUCACCCCAAGGGUUACCUGUAACACCCUCGCAAUGACAAGAGGGCCCAGCGAAAGGGGGCCACGUAACAGGAGUUUGGAUGACACCCUAGCCGGCAAUUUAUAAAGAAAAAAGAUUCCCGAGCGUGCGCUAUUUUUUGAUGCUUUUCGUCAUUUUGGAGUUCCUUUGGAGUUACCUGGGAUCGCUGUGAUCGAUCGGAGAAUAAGCGAACCGAGUGAUUCAUCAGCUCUACUGAUCGGUGCAUGAAACUGAGAGCGGGGCCGCAAUGAGUCGGAGAACAAGACGCUGGAUUUUAAGAGUUUUACUUUGUCUGGGAAUUGUUUAUUUGAAAAUUGGUGGCUUUUCGUCGGUGGUGGCCCUAGGUGCGAGCAUAAUCUGUAACAAGAUCCCCGGUUUGGCCCCCAGACAACGGAUUAUCUGCCAGAGUCGCCCCGAUGCCAUUAUCGUCAUCGGAGAGGGAGUCCAAAUGGGCAUCAACGAGUGUCAGUUUCAGUUCAAAAACGGGCGCUGGAACUGCUCUGCGCUUGGAGAGAGGACAGUCUUCGGAAAAGAGUUGAAAGUGGGCAGUAAAGAGGCGGCGUUCACCUACGCCAUCAUUGCGGCAGGGGUGGCCCACGCCAUCACAGCCGCCUGUACGCAGGGUAACCUGAGUGACUGUAGCUGUGAUAAGGAGAAGCAGGGUUUCUACAGUAAAGACCAAGGCUGGAAGUGGGGAGGCUGCUCGGCAGACAUCAGCUACGGCCUGCGCUUCUCCCAAGUAUUCAUCGACGCUCGGGAGGUCAAACAGAAUGCAAGGACGCUCAUGAACCUGCAUAAUAACGAUGUGGGACGCAAGAUCCUGGAGAAGAGCAUGCGAUUGGAAUGCAAGUGUCACGGUGUCUCAGGCUCCUGCACUACCAAAACCUGCUGGACUACACUUCCCAAGUUCCGCGAGCUCGGCUACAUUCUCAAGGAGAAGUAUGCCCAUGCGGUGCACGUGGAGCCAAUCAAAGCCAGCCGCAACAAGCGCCCGAAAUUCCUCAAGAUCAAGAAGCCUUACUCGUACCGGAAGCCCAUGGAUACAGACCUGGUGUACUUAGACAAGUCGCCUAACUACUGCGAGGCGGACCUUCUGACGGGGAGCUUGGGGACGCAGGGCCGGGUGUGCAACAAGACAAUGAUGCAGCACAUCAGCGGCUGUGACUUGAUGUGCUGCGGCCGGGGAUACAACACACACCAGUACUCCCGCGUCUGGCAGUGCAACUGCAAGUUCCUGUGGUGCUGCUACGUUAAAUGCAACACCUGCAGCGAGAGGACAGAGGUGUACACAUGCAAAUGAGAAUAUUUAUUGGAUGAUGUGUGUGUGUGAUGAUGCAUGUGAACGUACAGGAUGAUGUCUUUGUGUUUUCAUGGACAUACUGGAACAUUUAAACUUUACAGGAAGGCUGUUAUUGCAGUCUUUUCAUACAUAAUGAGGAACUACUGUACGUCUUGAUUCUUUUGCACACAAAGCUCUUCACCCCUCGUCUUUAAAGGACUGUUGUGCUUGUUGGGGCGCAAUGUUGAAAAAAAAAGUGUCAAGGGAAAAACUGGACCCUGGCAUGUGGGACUGGGUGCCCACAGUGUGAGCCAGUGAUGCAAAAACAAAAAAAUUUCAAGACUUUUAAGCUAUAUGGACAUUUAGGAAAUGGACUUUGCCAAUGCAAAUGAAUUAUGGUGGAUGUGAUUGCUGGGCAGGACACACUGCUGUAGUUCUCACUCUGUGCACAGAUGAAAUGACACAGCCAUUUGGAAUAUUUAACAUACUGUAUUUAGAGAAUGAAAAUAAUUAAUAUUAAUUUAUUCUAUUAAGAAAAACUACUGAUUUUGUCCGUUAUGGAUCAAAAAUAACUAAAUGUUGGGAGGUUUUUUUUUAGUUUAUUAAAGCAAUCAAAAGUUGUCCACACACUUGUUAACACACUGGAUUUGCCUGGAAUAAUAUGUAAUAGAAUAAUGUUCCAAGAUGAAACUGCUGUAGGCUACUCACGUUGACCUUCUGACCCUCUCAUGAGUUUGUCUUCCCUCUGUUUGCUGCUAGUCUAGAAAAUCCCACUUGUUGAGGUCGAAGGCUGUACGCUCUACUGACUGUCUUCAAUGGCAUUGCUUACUUCAAGCUGAUUUAGCUUAACAGGACUUACUUACUUACUUACUGAUCAAAAACACAGGCACAUUUUCCACUUUUGGUAAAUAUUGGUUCAUAGAGUAUAUUUUGUAAAAGCCUAUUUUUAUAUGAAUGUCUUAUUUAUAUCUUUUGCAUAUUCAAUGUUAAGUUCUGACUCUGAUUCCUGUUUUUAAAUCCCUGUGAACGAAAAGCUGAUAUAUGUAAGUUGGCCCCUGCUGUCACUGCCAUAGUUGUAUAUUGUAAGUGAUAGAAACUGUUUAUGUGUCUGUGUUCAAACGUCUGUGUUUACUGCAUUUCAUGACUACUACUGAUGGAAUACAGGAACAGAA